AACUCAAUUCAUCUCAUCUUAUUUCACUUCCUAAUCUAAACACACAAAAAUUUCAAAAAUCAUCUCAUUUUAUCUCAACUCAAAAAUUUCACUCUUAUUCACAAACUAUCUCAAUUCAUCUCAUCUAAACUUACUAUCAAAAUGAGCCUGACCAUCUUAUUGUCCAAUAAUAGAAUAGAUCAAAUAUUUUUAAUAUUCUCACUUCUUAUAUUUUUGUUUUAUUUCAUCAAGGGGUUAAAUAGGUGAUGUCGGAUUAACUUGUAAGAGUAUUAGUAUUGAUUUAGCUAAAUUAAGUGAAGUUUGGCUAAUGCCACUUAGUAGCUUUUGAUUACCCAUUCAAAAGUUAAACCUCGUGUUGAAUUAGCCUUCUUGCUCUAUAUAAUAAUAAUAAUAAUAAUAAUAUAGAUAAGAUGAGAUAGUUUUAGAUGAAAAUUAAAAGUUGAAUAAAAUAUUAUUAGAAUACUAUUCUUUAAUAUUAUUAUUGUUUUGAGAUUUGGAAAAACUGAAUUUUUUAUUAUAUUUUGUGUAAAAAUAUGAAAAUGUUGUAAUAGUGAGAUGAGAUGAGAUAGGCUGAGAGUGUUUCUCAAUCCAAUUUCCUUUUUGCGUACAACUUACUUGAAAAUUGAAAUGAUUAAGGGAAUCUUUGGAAAUCAAUCUUAUCUCAUUUUAUUCCAUCUAAUCUCAUUCUAUCCUAUUUAAUCUCAUCUCAUUUUCUUUCCAAAUAUUACUCAAAUAUAAAUACUUUUAAACUAAUCAUAUUACAAUUUUUUCAAUCUAAUCAGUACAACUUUUCCAAACUUUCAAAUAAAAAAUAAAAAACAAUUCAAUUCUUCAAAUCUCAACAAAAAUUAUAUUUUAACAAUAUUUUAAAUUUAUAAUAUUUUUAUUCAAUUUUUUUUUUCUCUUUCUCAUAACUCCAUAAAACAUCAUAACUCAAACUUUUGGCUAAUCUAAUGGUGGCCAAUUUUUUCAUAUCUCAGACAAAUUUUAGAUAACACAUCCAUAAGAUCAAGUCAAUUCUAGUGCUAUAAUUUAAGCAUGAUGUGCUUAAUUGGAUCCAGAUGACUUAUCAGUUGAUCUAUUUGUAAUAUAUUUCGCAAAAGAUAAAUACUAUGAUUAAGCAAAUGAAUUUUUGCACCUAAAGGAAACACAUGAGGCAAUCGUGGAAUUUCUUUUAGCCUUCGUUUGAUUAUACAAAUAAGAUAAAAUGAGAUAAAAAUUGAAAGUUGAAUAAAAUAUUAUUAUAAUAUAUUUUUUUAAUAUUAUUUUUAUUUUAACAUUAUGAUCACGAGAGGAGAGAGCUAUGCACUUUUGUUUUUCUUUUCUCUUUUUUUGAGGAUAAAUUGGUUGAGGUUUGUCUGUUUGAGAAAUGGGGAAUGCUAGAAACUCAGAAGAGCUAGCCGAAACAAGUCAUUGAUCUUGCAAAAUUAACAAAGGUGCUUACUAAUUUCUUCCUCACUUAUUCCUUUAUUAUUGCAUGCAAAAAUUUACUUUUAAAUGGUUACAAACUUUUUAAUUACUUGUUCAUGCAUAUGAUCUUGUGUGCUACCUUGUAAAAACAAAAAUACUUUUAAAAUUGGUCGUAAGGUCUUUAUAAAUAGUUGUUCAUGAUCGAUGUAUAUGAAUAUAAGGAAAUUAGAUAUAGCCAUUCACUAUACAUCUACAGGUGGUCAAAUCGAUCGUAAUUCGUGCAUACUAGACGAGAAAAUUUGAUACAAAAAAACAUGUUAUUGGUAGUUGAGAUAUUGUCCCAGGCCAUAUAGCCUUCUUUUCCUAAAAUAUGGUGACAUUGAUCUACUAGCUUGUUUUCUGUGAUAUUCCAAAUUUUUUUUUUCAUUUUUCUAUUUCCUAGAUAUAUAUCUUCUCGCCCUAAUUUUCGACUGAUUUUUUUCCCCGUUUUGCUUCUUUGAUUGGUAAAUGGGCAGGCAGUGGCAGAUUUCGUCUUAUUCUCUCAAUAUUGCUUGCAACUUGUAGUUUUGCAUUUCGAACAACAUUUGUGUUCACAAAAGAAUAGAAAAAAAAAAUUACAAAAACAGAAAAACUAUUUUAGGAAAAAUGGAAAUUAUUUCUUCAAUUGUUGAAAAAAUAGUAGAUUACUCAGUUGGUCCAAUCGGAGAACAGUUUGACUAUAUUAUCUCCUGCAAAAGCAAUAUCAAAGAUCUUGAAAAGGAAUUUCCGAAGCUACUUGAGAAGAAAGAGGCAGUGCAACAAUCUGUUGAUGGAGCCCAAUGGAAUCAAGAAGUAGUCGCAAGUGAAGUGAAGACGUGGCUGACAAAUGUGGAGAAACAAAUUGAAGAAGUGCAUAAAUUCCUAGAAGAAGAUGUCAAAACUAAUAGGAUGUGCUUAAAUGGUUGGUGUCCUGAUCUCAAGCUACGUUAUUCCUUGGGUAAGAAAGCUCAAAAGAAUACUCGAGCUAUCAUUAAGUUGCUAGAAGAAGGUAGAAAAUAUGAUAGGGUGUACAAUAUUGCACCUCCAUUGAAAGUGACAUCGUCAUCCACAGACCGUUUUAAGGAUUUUGAAUCACGAAAAUCAAUGAUUCAAAAUGUUUUGGAGGCUCUAAGGGAUGACAAAAUCGACAUGAUUGCAUUAUGUGGUAUGGGAGGGAUUGGCAAGACAGAAAUGGCCAAAGAAAUAGCUAGAAGAGUCCAAGCUGAAAGUUUAUUCGAAAAAGUUGCCAUUGCAGUGGUGUCUCAAAGUCCAAACUUGACAAAGAUUCAAGGCGAACUUGCGGAUAUGCUAGGCAAGAGACUUGAUGUAGAGGGUUUAUAUGGAAGAGCAGAUGAAUUACAUUCGAGGUUGAUGAAUAAUAAGAGGGUCCUUGUGAUAUUGGAUGAUGUUUGGGAACAGCUUGAUCUUGAGGCUAUUGGAGUUUACUAUGCAGUUAAAGAAAAGCACUGCAAAAUCUUGUUGACGUCAAGAAAUGAGGAUACUUGCAAUCAAAUGGGAAUUCAGAAGAUUUUUCAAGUUGGACUUUUAUCUGAAGAAGAAGCUUGGAAUCUGUUCAGAGAGAUGGCAGGUGCUUGUAUCAAUACUCCCAAUCUAAUUUCAAUAGCAAAACAGGUUGCGGAGGAAUGUGGACGUUUGCCUAUUGCUAUUGCAACGGUUGGAAGUGCUCUUAGCAACAAAAGCGAUGAGUACGAGUGGAAAACCGCGCUUCAGCAGCUUAAAAUGUCUAUCCCACAAUAUAUCACUGGUAUGCAUCCAAAGGUAUAUUCUAGCAUAGAGUUCAGUUACAAUUAUUUAGGAACUGAUGAAGCCAAAUCGUGCUUUUUGUUAUGUUGUUUGUAUCCCGAUGAUUAUGAUAUUCCUGUUGAGCAUUUAGUUAGAUAUAGAGUUGCAAAAAGGUUUCUUAAAGUCUUUGGUACUGUGGAACAAACAAGAGCACAUGUCCAUGCAAUAGUUCGGAAUCUUCGAAGAUCAAAUCUAUUGUUGGAUAGCGAAAGGUACGAAAGCGUCAAAAUGCAUGAUAUUGUGCGAGAUGUUGCCAUAUCAAUUGCAUCGAGAGACCAACAUGGUUUUAUGGUAGAGUUGGAUAGAAGACUUGUAGAAUGGCCACAGAAGGAUGACAGUUACACCACAAUUUCUCUUUUACUUGGAGAAAUGAAAGGGCAUCCUGAUGGGUUGAAGUGUCCCAAACUUCAGCUUUUGCGACUAUCAUGUUUAAAGGAUUCAGAAACAUUGCCAGGAAAUUUCUUUAAUGGGAUGAAUGAGCUAAAGAUGUUGUAUUUGGAAGAAGGCUGCUUUUCCUUGAAGUCAUUGCCAUCAUCAAUCCAGAUCCUCGAGAACCUCCUAAUGUUGAAUCUAGAGAGUUGUCGUUUGGGAGAUGUGUCGGCAAUUGGAACCCUUGGAAAACUAGAAAUUCUUAGUUUUUGUGGUUCCGAGAUUGAGGAGUUGCCGCGUGAAAUAGGAAAUCUUAGUCAAUUGAAGCUGUUGGAUAUGAAGGGAUGCGAUUCUCUAAAGCGAAUUGCAGCAGGUGUUUUAUCCCGUUUAUCUCACCUACAAGAGUUGUAUAUUGCAAAUUUUAAGAAUUGGGAAUAUACGACUACAAUGGAAGGAAAUGGAGAAGGAACAAGUAAUAAUGCAAGCCUUGCUGAACUAAUUUCCCGUUUCGGUCAAAUGACGGUUUUAGAAAUUAGCGUACCAAGUAUCGAGUGCUUGCCAAAAGAAUUGCACUUCAGAAACUCCAACUUGAGAUUUAGGAUAAACAUUGAAGAUGAUGAGACCUAUUUAUUUGAAAAUGCAAUUAGACUCGAAGAACGUGAGGAUGCAAGUGAUCUUGGGAAAGUACUUUUGGAGAAUAGGGGUGUUUUUGGCAACCUAAAACAUUGUUACAUAUUUAAUUGCCAGUAUUCGGAAAAUAUAUUUUGGUUGGCCAUGGUGAGAGAUUUGGUUCAACUCAAAUCUUUACGCCUUUUUGACUGUGAAAAUAUACAAGAAGUUUUUUCGAAGGAAGGAGAUCAAGAUAAGAAGAAAGUCAUCGGUGAUAUCAUUACAUUGCCGAACUUGGAGAAAAUAUAUCUAUCUUCCUUACCACGGCUUACUGGUAUCUGUAAGUCCAUGGACUCAGUUGAGGUUGAAAGAGGAGGAGGCAGCACUUCAUCAACAACCCUCUCUCAUAAACUAUUUUCAUCCAACACCAUUUUGUGGUUUCCCAAUUUGGUAAAACUUCAUGUUAAGGAGUGUGAAUCACUACAAGUGAUAUUUGAUCUGGAAGGACUAAAGGUCAUAGAGAACCACCACCCCGUCCUUGCACUUUCUCAAUUAACAAGCCUAGAGUUAUGGAAUUUAGAUGGGAUGGCUCAUGUGUGGAAGAAUAUUCCAAGAGGAUUUCAAGGCUUUCAAAACUUAGUAUCAAUUGAUAUUGAUGAUUGUAAAAAUCUUAGAAGUUUGCUUCCUGCUACUGUUGCAAAACUACUGGUGCAGCUUCAAACAGUAAAAAUAUGGACCUGCCAAUCGAUGGAAAAUAUUAUUGAAAGAGAGGACGAAGGUGGAGAAGAAAUUGGGAGAGCAAAUAUAAUUGUAUUCCCUCAAAUUCAUACCUUCGGACUACGUUGGCUAGAAAAUCUUGUGAGUUUUAAUAGCGAAGCCCAUUCUUUUGAGUGGCCAUCCAUAAAGAAUAUCGAAUUGUAUAUUUGUCCAAAAUUUAAAACAUUUGGUUCAGAAAUUCAAAGUGGAAGAAAACUAAGAAAGAAAGAUGCGAAACUUGAUGCAAGAGCCCCCCAAGAGCCUAGUAUUGGCUCCUCCUCAGCCUCAACAAGAGAAUCUUCUAGACUUCUCAACCGAUGUCUAGAGUUGUCUUGUGUACCACGUCGCAGGAAUUCUAAUCCAGACCAAAGAAAUUGCAGCUCCUCUUUAGGAGAGAACAAACACAACUUUAACAAAGAUCAGGUUAAAUUGACAAAUCAAGAUGAGCCAAAUGUGAGUGAGACUGAAAAUCAAACAAAGAUGUGUUCUCUAUUUCCUUACUACUUGAUUGAAAGUUUGGGAAAUCUAGAAGAACUUGACGCGUGUGAAUGUGAUUCAUUGGAAGUGAUAUUUGAACUUGAUGAGGGACUACGUGAUCUUGAAGAAAGCAAUUAUAUCUUCAAUAAUUUGACAGAGUUGAAAUUAAUGGAUUUACAGAAGCUGUUGCAUAUAUGGAAGAAAGGUCCACGAGAUAUCAAGGGCUUCAAUAACUUGAGAUUUCUAACUGUAUCGGAAUGUCAUAGUUUGAAAUGUUUAUUCACAUCAUCCAUAGCAAAACUUCUUGUGAAAUUAGAAGACAUACAAGUUUGGCACUGCAAUGAAAUGAAAGAAAUCAUUGCAAAAGAAUCAGGAGACGAAGAGAAAAGAGAUCAUGUGAUUGCAUUCCCUCAAGUGAAGACCCUCAGGCUCGUGCAUUUACCAAAAUUAGAAUGUUUUUGCAACGAGGCGAUUGCUUUUAUUUGGCCGUCUCUGGAAAAAAUAACAAUUGCUCGAUGUGAAAAAUUAAAAAUGUUUGUUCCCACGACAAGCAUGAAAACACCUAAGCUACAAGGAGUACAUACAGAGUCUGAAACUUUUCAACCAAUGAUAGAAGGAGACCUCAAUACCACCAUACAACACAUUAUCAAAGGAAAGGCGAAUUUACAGGAGAAUUUACAGGAGAUCUCAAAGAGCUCCAGGUCUCCAUAGCAGGUUUAAUUCCUCAAUUCGAUCAAUUUCCUCGUAUUUAUGACUUCUGUUUCCUUCUUUUUUGCUGCAUUUCUCAGUUUUCUCUAAAUAAUUAGCAGCUGGAGAGUUUAUCAUCAAUUUGUCUCUCAUCAUGUGAAGUGUGAACGAGCUCCCCCAAUUAAAUACUUUGUAAAGAAAAUCAUAUUAAAGCAUCGGUUUCUUUCUGUUGGUUUUGCUUGCCCUGCCCCUGAGAGAUUGUCUUGCAGGUUUGGGGUUUCUGGAGCUGCUGAAAUGGCACCCGUGAGCUUCGUUGAUAUCAAUAAAUGGAUUCCCAGAUGCAAAAUUGCGUCUCUCGUGGUUGGUCAUUUCAUUGGGCAUUUCCAAUAAUUUGCAGUAUAGUUUAAUCUCACAAUUCUGCUACGUACAAUCUCAAUUCAGAACCUCAUUUUAGUUCCUCUCUCAGAAGAAAAGCUGAGAUCCUCAUUUCAUUCUCGUUCCUCUCUCUCAGAAAAGCUCAGAUCCUCAUUUUCUCUUUUCUCCAUCCUCUCUCGUUCCUCCACCCCGCUUAUUUAAAUCUCGAGCAAAUGGAACUGCAUGGCAAAAUUGAUUGAGAAAGAUGAUUGAGAAAGAUGAUGGUGUUGGGGUUACAAUUGAUGCUUUUCCUCAGCAUUUACCUCCAGAGCUACCCAUACCUACUGCAUUUUUGGAGAAAGAUGGACAACCAAACCCUCUGCAGUGGUUUUUUCUUCAAAUUUGGGGAAAUAGUGUUGCUAGUUAGAUGACUAGUAUAAGGUUGGAGAGGCUCCCACACAGAACACACAAAUGGAGCUCCGUUGUAGAAAAUGAUAUUCAUUUUCAAAUUCUAUACUAUAUCUGUUCUAAAUAUUGGAUUUUAGAAGUUGAAGGUUUGAAAAUGCCCACCUUUAAUACCUCUUUUUUGGGAGUACGUUGCUAGUUGGAGUGUGAUUACUUAAA